AUGAAGAUUUGGACCUCUGAACAUACCUUCAACCAUCCUUGGGAAACUGAAAGUUGUAGACGGAGUGUUAUACAUACUCACAGGCUCGUUAGUUCCAAAUGGUUUUUUCCACGAUGGGCACAAGCACUUAUUGGCACAGCUAAAAUAUGCUAUGCCAGUGAAAAGUCAGAAGUUAAUCCCGAUAAGCGUGUCAUGACAUUAAAAACUGCAAAUCUAACUUUCUGCCGUUACAUAGCUGUUGAUGAAACUGUGAAGUACACUCCUCAUCCAUCAGACCCAUCAAAGACGCUGCUCACACAGGAGGCUGUAGUUACAGUGGAGGGUGUACCACUUAGCAGCUACAUGGAAGAUUUAUUGGGCAACAAAAUAUCACUGAAUGCUGGUAAAGGGCGUCAAGCUAUUGAAUGGGUGAUCGGUAAACUCGACUCUGAAAUCAAGAAUUGGCUAACUCAGCAUGCAAGAGCACCGAUGAAUUACUUCACCAGACAAAAAAGUCACUCGAUGACAUCACAACAACUGCCAGAAGAUCAAUGGACGAUAUAUCAUCCAAGGCAAAGAAAUCAUUAG